AUGAAGAGUGAAAGGCCUCUGGAGAGGCCUCUGAACACAGCCAUCCAUGGAGAGCUGCCUGCAAGGAACGAGGGCAGCCAUUUGCAGGCCUAUUCCUCAGGCCGACCGGAAGCGCUCCCGCCAUUUGACAACUACUUCCGGUACCCACCGGAAGCGGUGGCGCCGCCAUUGUGUGUGCCGCUAGCGGCCGCUCGGCAGCGCUGCGCUUCCUGCGCCCCUCCUCCCCCCCCGGAAGCUGCUGGAGCCGAGGCAGCCGGCGGCCGAUUGGCGGCGGCCGGCCGUGGGCGCGGCGCGGGGCUGCGGCGCGGCCGGGAGGGGCGAGCGGAAGUGACGCGGCCCCCGCGCCCCGCCGCGGCCGUUGUCUGCUGCCGCGCUCGCGCCCCCGGCGGCCGGGAGCAGCCCCGCGCCGCCCUCCCGCCGCCGCCGCCCGCUCGCUCGCAGCCGGCCCCGCGCCGCCGAGAGGAGCGGUCGGCCGGCGCUGCCCCUAUCCCGCUGCGGCGGCCCUCCGAGACGGCGCUGGAGCGCCCGGCAGGGCAGAGCAGGGAGAGAGCCGCCAGCAUUGCAGGCUGUGUGUACCGAGUAGUUCAGACGACUGGACCCGAUGGGAAAAACCUUCUGAACUUACUUCCAAUCUCUAAAUCUCCUGGAAACUUUGUGCCAGUAGCUCAGCCUCCAGCCAUGGCGAAUCGCUCUAAGCCAAACGUUCCUAGCCCGCUCCAUCUUCCCUUUAACGCGCAGCUUGCCAACCCUACCGCGCCUUCCUCCGGUAGAAUCCCUGUUUGCCAGUCUCCCAGUCCUGGAAAGGUUGCUCUUCCAAGGACCUUAGACAAAGAGGAGGGCGUUAGGGCAGGUUCUGAACGAGAAAGCUCGGUUCCAAACGCGGCUGCCGGCGCCCCGAGCGGCUGCGUUUCGGAGGAGGCUGUGUCCGUAACCAGCUCCUCGGAGCAGACCAACACCGCCUACAUGUUUGUGAACUCCCAAAACCUCCCCGUGACCGUGAAGUCGCCAGUGCUGCCUUCUGGCCACCACCUUCAGAUACCAGCUGAUGCAGAGGUGAAAUCUGUCCCAGCUUCUUCUUUACCACCUUCAAUACAGCAGAAGAUCCUUGCGUCCGUGACCGGCAGCGCCCCGGGAGGAGGCGACAGGGGCAAGCCGCCCACCGUCAUUUACGUCUCGCCGGUCAACACGGUCAAAACCAUGGGCCCCAAGUGCGUGCACAGCAUCAGCCCCCAACAUACUCCUCAAGUGUCCCAGAGGCUCCUGAUGACCACGAAGCAGAAGGAGAAGAGCUGUUGCCCCGAGGCGGUGCCGUCCGAUGGGCAGCAGUGCCAGCAGGCGCCGAUGAAGUGGAUUGUGCAGGAGAACCCCCACGUGGCGCCGCCGUGCCUGAUCCCCGUCAAGUCCUCCAACAAUGUGGCUUCCAAGAUCCUGAAGACUUUGCUAGGCAUGCAGAACCUGGAAGUGAACGCUGCCAACAUCUUGCCUCUUUGCUCUAGCGGAAGCCAAACGAAAAUCACCACCUUCAAAGAGAACGCCCUGGUGAUGUGCAAUGGGAAGGUUUAUCUGCUGACUAAAAGAGGCUCUGAUGUGCUGUCAGCCCAAGCUGAGAAGCAAGCAGCUCCCUCUGCUGAUGCUUCACUGAGGAAGGAGGCCCAGAAGGUCAUUGAUUCGACUGAAGUCAAUAAAAUCACUGAGGAAGUGGUGAGCCUCUUGUUGUCCAAAGGCAAGCUGCUGCCUCAGAAGGAUCCAAACUCCAAAGCUUCUUCGCCGAUUGACUUAACGGAGGACUUAAAUUCUCCCCCUGCAGUCGUGGUGGUCCCCAGUGCUAACCAGCAGAAUUCCACUGCAAACCAAAGAAGCAGCUUGCCUGCCACUGAGAAUGUCUCAAGUGGAGUCCCCUCUGUCCCAGCUGUAGGGACACAGGAAAAUAUCUGCCAGAAUGGCAAAGAAAGGAGUCCAUCCCCCAAAGCAGCAAGUGCUGUUUUACCUCAGUCUGGGGCUUUCAGUGAAGACUGUCAAAAGAUCCAGUGUGAAAAGAUGAAUUCACCACGAAAAGUUACUCAAUCCAAACACCAAGAGAAGCCACACUGGAAACAAUACUGGGAACUAAGGAAAAAAUUUGGUCUGUUUAAGGAGGAGAGAGUGUACCUUAGGAGAAUACCUCUGCCUCCCCCCUGUAAUAAACAAGAAGAAGAUUGUUCCAGUAACAGCUCGGAAAUGAGAACUGACUCUUGCAGUUCAUCAGCAGUAGAUGUGGAAAACCUAACCCAACAGCAGGAGUGUGCUAAAGAGGAAAAGAUAGAUGUGGAGCUGGAGGAAGAUUUGAGUAGGAAAAGAAAAAUCAAAUCCUCACCAGUGUCAGAAGGUGGAAAGCGGAGAAGAUCUUCAGGCAAAACAAGCACAAGCCCAAAUUCAAGUUCAGAGACCACCAACUCAGUUUCCAGUGUACUGAACCUCAGUGUUCCACCUCCACCAGCCCUACCCCAGCAAAGUCUUUCCACAGCCCCUGUGGUCCCAUCUCCAGGUGGCAGAGACUCAGAGCAAGACCCUGACGCUCAGCACGGUGACAGCACAAACUCGCACAGCCUGGUGGUGGUGUCUAGUGAGAGCAGUAGCUCCGUUCUGGAAGGUUCUUUCCAGGAUGAUGAUUUCCCUUGGACUCCUCCAGACCUGGAUGAAACGAUCAGGGAUGAGAAAAUCAAACGCCUGAAGCAGCUGCUGAGGGAACGAGAAGCGGCGCUCGAGGAGAUGCGCCGGAAGAUGCAGCAGAGCUGAAACGACGAAGCCGGUGGGGGUCUGCGCCCUGCUUGUCUUCAUUUCCUGACUUUCAGAAGGAAUUUCUUCUUUAAGGGAAGCUUGAACAUAGGAACAUGGAAUAUUUCUGGGAGUUGGAGGACCUUCCCGAGCGUUGCAGAACGUUUGUGGGUAGGAAGGUGCAGGGUUUGCCUUAAACGCCAGAAAUAAACCGACUUGGACCAACGAAUUCUGCUUCUGGGACAUGAUACUUAUCGAGGAAGGCAGAUGGGCUUGGUUGGUGGUGUAUUCCCUAUCUUUUGACUUGUUAGUCAUAGGAAAUAGCCUUCCCCCACUUGGGAGUUCCAUGGCCUGUCUCUUAGGAACAGAAUGUAACCUGCAAACCCCGCUGUGGCCACGUCCGUUUUCGUUUCCCUCGCGUGCCGGCGAGCUGCUGAGCGCACUCAGCUGUCGUUAAAGCUCAGUGGUCGGUGUCCUUGUCAGAAGAAUUAGACUUUAGGCAGUAGUAAUGCAGCUAUUUAUCCAGCUCCUCUCCCAGAUGGGAAGCUGGCAUCAGUUUGAAACCCUCCUGCUGCCAGUUUAGAUUCGUGUCUCCUACCAUCGUUGUGAGCCUUUAUAAGGCCUUAGCUAGCUUUGUGCAAUGUCCCAGGUUGGCUGUGGGGUUAUCAUCA